ACUGAAACCCUUUAUCUUCCAAAAAUCUAAUUUGCCUCCAAAACUCCAUUGUUGCACCUUCGAUUGUUGUGAAUUAUUUCUUAGACUUGUUUCCACAUUUCUCUCUCGCCAAACGACGACCCCUACACGGACCUCAUUCUACUAUUCUCUAUCUAAAACUACAUUUUCUCUCUCUAAAAGUUGCGAAACCACUCAAUUUAUGCGAAUGAUUAGUUCUUGAAUCCUGGAUCUAUAGAAACCCUCGAUCUCAUUUGAGAGCCAUUACUUAUGCGCUGGGGAUGGCGCAAUGGGAACUGACCUCACUCUACAUUUUCUAUCUGUAGAAGCUCAGAAAUCCUCAAUUGGAGAGGAACAUGGAUGCUAACUUCUGAAGCUAGAAACCCUAAUUAUCAUUUGGAAGCCAAUUUAUUGGGCAUUGGGGAUUCAGUAAUGGGAGCUGAACCAGGUCUUGAUUCUCUAUUUCAGUCAUUGAAGCUUCCAGAGCCAUGGCUAUCCCCAAAGCCUUGGGAAUCAGUUGUUUCUGAAAGUGGAUAUUUUAAACUUCAGAAUCCCGAUUCAGAUGAAGAAUUUUUGGUAUCUGAGUCAGUUUACGAUCCAGCAAUUGUAUCGGAGGCCGUUCUAGUAAGGCUGGCCCUAAAUGCUCUUCAAGGAGUGAAGUCAGCAAUUAUUUCCCUUGAAAAUUUCUCCUCAAUAUUUUGUUCCAACCCAGCUGAUAGAAGCUUGCAUCGAGUUCCCAAUAUCUGGGAUCGAUAUUCCAGCAUGAGUGCAUUAGGAAAGCUUCUGAAAUCUAUAGUUCACUCCGGCGUCAUAGUCUACCUUCUUGAAAAGUUUGUUGAUUAUUUUCUUGGGUCAAUACCAAAUUUAAACUGUUACUCCUAUGAAACUCGGGCUGAUGUCAUGGGUGCAAGUUUAUGUCAAGAAAAAAGGGGUCAUGAAACCUUAAGAGUUGAUGAAAUUGAUUCAGUCAUGGAAAGUGAGGGCAAGAGUAAACUUGUGUCUUGUCAUUCAUAUAGUUUGGUAAAUCAGGCAUUUUCUACAUCAGUAAAAAGAGUUCUUGAAGGAUAUAUUUGUGCACUUAACACUUUACAUGCCUCUGUACAGUUAAGGCGCUCAUCAAGUGUGGAUGCAGAAGCGCAUAAAUCAUCAAUUCCUUUUUCUGAAGAUGGUUGUCUUGCUAGUGUGAUUAAUUCUGGAAUCACUCUUUUGGAGUUGUACCUUCACACCAAGGAACUAAGAACCCAUAUCGAAGGACUUGGGGCUAUAUGCAUGGUAAAGAAUGUUUACCCUGAUUUCGAGACGGCUUCUGUGGAGGUGUUGAUCGCUAGAAAUUCAUUAGGGUUUCAGGACUUCCCCAUAGGAGCUGAUCUGCUCACAUAUCUCUUUGUUCAACUUAGGGAUGCUGAUCCAGUUCAUAGUGCGCUUCUUAAACUUCUCUUUGUUCGUUCAUGUGAACCAUAUUGCGGGUUCAUCAGAUCAUGGAUUUAUCGGGCGAGUAUAAAUGAUCCUCAUAAGGAGUUUGUUGUGGAAUGCUUAGACACCUCAUCAUGCAGGUCACAUAUUGGGACUGCUGACGCGGAUUGCUCCCCUGUUCCAUCCAUGAAGGUUCGUGUUGGGGUUUCAGUUCCAUAUUUUUUGAAGGACAUCUGCACUCCCCUCUUCCGAGCUGGUCAGCAGCUUCAAGUACUGAUAAAGUUGUUGGAUUUGCUGAAACCUUUUCCCAUAGAAGGUUCUAGUCAUACCGAUGGAAAUCAUUCUCCUUUGCGUAUGGCUAAACUAAUGAACUUCCUUCCAUUUUGGGGGUGCUCUUCAAGUGAUCAUUUUGCUUGUUCUUCAAUAUUAAGUUUUGGCCGGAGCGACAUCGAAGCAUUAAUAUCUAAGAGGGAAGCUAUGUACAAAAUGAUGCAAAGAAAUCUUGAUUAUCUUUUUGCUGGUUCAAAUAUUAAAUCUCGGCGAGUUGUGUCACGUGUACAUGUAAUUCCAUCUAGCGCUGUUCCAGGUCCUCUGGAACACAGAGAAGGUAGUGCACAAGUUCCAGUUAUUGCUGGCAAUGCAUCUUCUGCUCUGGAUGUAGAUUCAGAUUCUUUCAGCAUAUCAAAGUUUUCUGAUGAAUCAGACACAGUUGAUGAAGAUGCAGAAUCUUCAUCAUUACAUAGUUUUGAUGAGCCACACAUGGCUAAGAAGUUCAUGGAUUUACACGAUAUAUUUGUUUUCCAGAAAAGCGAAGAUAGGUUGGCCUCUAAGCCUUUGGCUGAUAUUGUGGAUGUACAGGAAGCAAAUGAGGCUUUUAAUCCUGAAAGACCAUGGGAUCCAAUCUCUAGUUAUGUAUCUGCAUCUUGUGAAGGUAAUGAAGAAGCUGAAGCAAACAUUAGCUCUGCUCAUCUAGUUCAGUGUAAUUUGAACUUGAGCCAGUUGCUUGUGUCUGAUGCCCGAAGCAUGUCUCCACUCCCUAAAACUCUUGAUAUAAAUAAUCAGUUUUUGACGGGCUGGUUUCAUGGACUCCCUGGGAGUCAGUUUCUUAAUGAGGGUGGGGGUGACUACAUUGGAUCAUAUAUUUCUGAUCCGAUGCCGAUUGGGACUAAUAGAAACUUCGAGAAUAAAACUGAAAGGUUCAAAUGUAAUGGGGAUAUGCCUGUUUUCAGUGAUUCUGAAUAUGAGCCAGGUUUGAGAGAGAGCCUCUUUGAAAAUAAGAAAUUUGAGUACUCAACUGAUGAUUUUACUCCUCAGACACUGCCCCUAAAAAAGAACUACAAUUGUAUGAAUAUAAAUCCAAUACUUUCAAGAAGUUCGUGGCUUCAGAUGUUGUACAGUUCAAGAGAUACAAAAUACAUUGACAAGAGAAGGGUUCCUGCUGCCUACUUCAAUUUUUUGUCAGUUGGAGACCUUGCUAAGAUGUAUGAAGGGGACUCUUUUAUUUAUGAACCUGAGAAUUUUGAUCCGGUUGAGAUCUCUGAGAAGAAGGAUCAUGGUUUUUCUGUUUUGGGAAUGGAGAAAUUGGACCAACGUUGUGAGCAGAAGUAUGGUGAGGGAAAUAAAGUGGAGCUUGCCUUCCCAGCCAACCAGAUCUCUCAACCGCAUUUGAGAUCUCCAGCAGAUUUGUUUAGUCACUCACAGGAACCUGAUGCCAUAAAUGGUGUUUCUGGAGGUGCUAAAUGGGAGACUUUGUUGACCUAUGGUGGGGAUGAUCAAACAUCGCCAGCUAAAGCAAAACCCAUACAAAAUUCAAUGGCUAGAUCAGAAAUUCCUUUGGAGAUCAUUAUUGAAAAAUGCAUAGUGCAGGAGAUUUUGCUUCAGUAUCAGUAUAUUAGCAACUUCACUGUUAAAUUGCUUGAAGUAGAGUUCGAUUUGCGUGAACAUUUGUUGGCUCUUCGGCGGUACCAUUUCAUGGAAGUAGCAGACUGGGCUGACACAUUCAUCUUGUCUCUGGGCCAGCAUCGGUACAGAGUGGAGCCCAAUCAGAGGACAUCUGAAAUUCAGCGAAUUCUUGAUUUAGCAGUGCAGAGGUCUUCAUGUGAGGGAGAUGCAUUUAAGGAAAGGUUAUAUGUAUAUCUCAAAGGAGAGGAAAUUAUACCCCCUACCACAACUAUAACUGGUAUCCAUGACUUUGAUAUAAUUGGUUUGGGUUACAAAGUGGACUGGCCUAUCAGUAUUGUCUUGACUCCUGAUGCGCUAAAAAUAUAUGCAACAGUUUUUAGUUUUAUGAUUCAAAUCAAACUCGCUGCUUUUGCUGUAACUGAUGUUUGGAGAUUUUUGAAGGUUUUGAUUCCGUUAAUAAAUGACAAUCGGGCUUUUGGACUAGAUCAACAGGUUGUGGAGCGCUUCCAUAUUUUAAUGCUGAUGAGGCAGCAGGUAAAUCAUUUUAUGGAUGCAUUACAGCAGUACAUGCAAUCUCAAUUGUUACACGCUGCUUGGUACAAGUUCCUUCACAACCUUGAUUAUCAGGUUAAGGAUAUGAUUGACUUUGAAUUAGUACAUAUGAGUUAUCUUUCUGAUUCUUUGCAGAUAUGUUUCCUGUCUACCGAGAUGAAACCUGUUCGGGACAUUAUAGACACCAUAUUGCAGUGUGCUUUAGACUUCAGAUCAUGUUGCAUUGGAGGUUGCCAUCGCUUAGAGUUUGCAAAAGAGUGCCCAUCUGAUCUGCUUCAUCAAAUUAACUUUUCUGAGGUGGUUGACAUCAAAGAAAAGUUUGACAAGAACCUCAUGAAAUUAUACAGACUUUAUCUCAACUCUGGAAAAGAAGAUGGUCCAGGGCUCGGCCAUUUUUGGACAGCCCUUGAUUAUAAUGAGUAUACAUCAAGCAUGCUUUCAAAAAAUGCAGUUUGUGCAGAUUUAGUUUGUUCGGGUUGAGCUACCGAUUUGGGGUGUUUGGAGGUGUUUGGUUCAUUUUGUUGCUUACCAAUUUGUGAUGAAGGACAAUCUGGGUAUUUCAGAAAGUUUGGACAUUUUGGGUAAUUCAGAAAGGUUGAGGGGGUUUAUGAAAUUAAAAGGGAAAUUUCAUACAAAAACCUAAUUCCCCAUCUUAUUUAAUGGUAGAUCCCUUUUUGCGGCAUAAAGAACGCCUAAGGAUUUCACUUACCCCUUUAUCUCUUAUCUCCGUUGUUUAUUCACUUUUGACUAUAAAAGUUAGUCAAAACAAAUCAUUUUAUAGUAUCUCAACCUAAAAAUCUUUUUAACCAUAUUUUCUCCCUUCAACUCCAUUAUAUCUCCCACUCUCGAUGCACCACAUUUAAAAAAUCUGUUUUUAUUAUAUUUUUCCCUUUUCAGCCCCUCAAUGCAUCAUAUCUCCCACUCUUUCAAUUCACCACGUUGAGGGCUCUCGCUCUUGCUCACAUAUUGGUCUCUCUACUCUAAUCUUACAUGUUAAUCUCUCUAAAUUCUGCAGUCGAUUCCUUUCUCUCUUUAAAUCUCUUUCUCUAAUGAUCAUGUACCAUAUGAUUUCUCUUUAAUGGCCAUGUACUAUGCAAUUUAUCUCUAAUGGUCAUGUGAUUUCUCUUUCUAACCA